AUGAGCGCGUUGACUGUGCUGCUGGUAUGCCAACCUCCCAAUUCACCUGAUCUAAAUGUGUUAGAUCUGGGGUUCUUUCGUGCGAUACAAACCUUGCAGGAGAAGAAGCGUUGCACGACAAUUGAUGGCUUGAUUGAUGCCACCUUGACAGCUUGGAACGAUGUGGAACCUACGACUUUGAAUGCAAACUUCCUUACCUUGCAAACGUGUUUGGUCGAAGUCAUUCGUGCUGGAGGCAACAAGAACUACAAGAAACCUCACAUGGGCAAGGCGAAGUUGUUGAGGGAAGGCAGGCUACCUGAUUCAAUUGUAUGCCCACGCGAGGUUGUUGAGCACGGCCAGGAGAUCAUGAACAAGGAAGACUUCGACUUGCACGUUUCGCUUUUGGCAGCCAAAGUUGCUCGCGAUGUGGAGAUGGCCGUCAUCUCGAGUUCAAUCGAGAGCCUGUGUCUUGCCAACAACUGCGAUGACGAUAAGGGCAAAGCGACCAAGAUAUCAGCUGGACCGACCGCCCAGAAGCUCAUCAGUCCUCUAAAGUGCCUCUGA